GGAGCAUUGUAAACACGAGUCUGUAGGCAUUGCAAUGGAUUAUUUACAUCUAGUUUCAUGUAGUAACGGCGCAAUGGAAGCAAACCAGAUAAAAUAGUAAGAUCUUCGAGUUGAAACUUGCUUGACAAGUAGAAUUUUCACGUGGUUCGGUAGUUUAUUCUACAUUGGAGAAUGUCAAAUGUGAAAGCUUCACACUCCAAGAGAUCCAAACGAACGCUCAAUAUACUGGAACAGAUUGUGAGAGAUCAGGUGCUUGCAGACGAGGAAAAGGGGGAAACAGCAGAAAGUAAAACAAAGAAAACAUCUGAUAAAGACAAAAAGAUGAAACCCAAUGGAGAUGUUAAUCAAAAUGGUUUUGAAGAGAGAGGAAGAGAAAGGACCAGAAAGUCUAAAAAUGACAAGAAAGAAAAGGAACUAAGCCAGAACUUUUACAAGUCUAUUUCUGUUCCUAAAGCUAGUUCUCAAAACAGAUCCAGAUCUAACUCUGGGUCAUCCAGCUUCUGGUCUAAUGGAAAAGAUUCAAAGGAGCCUAUAAGAUCAAGAUCAAGGUCAUAUUCGCCGAAAUCACCAAGUUCUAGAUCCAGAUCUAGAUCCAGAUCCAGACAAAGAUCCAGACAAAGAUCUAGAUCAAGGUCAUUUUCCCCAUCUAGUGACAGAUCAAGAAACCUGUCUCUAUCAAGAUCCAGAUCCGGGUCAAGAUCUAGAUCAAGGUCAUUUUCUAAUUCUAGUAGCAGUUACAGAUAUUCACCGAAAUCACCAAGUUCUGGUUCAAGAUCUAGAUCCAGAUCCAGAUCCAGACAAAGAUCUAGAUCAAGGUCAUAUUCAAGUUCGAGUUCAAGAUCCAGAUCCAGACAAAGAUCCAGAUCUAGAUCUAGAUCCAGACCCAUACAAAGACCCAGAUCAAGACAAAGAUCUAGAUCAAGGUCAAGGUCUAGAUCAGCCUUAUUAGAAACAUUAAGACCCAAAUCUCCCGAGGAGCCAUCACACUCAACAACGAAAAGUCUACCAGUUCGUUCAAUGAAAGCUAAGGAUAAGGACACGAUGAGUGAUAUUGGUGGGGGUAGCAGCAAGAAAAAGCCACCCUCAGGCCAGAAGAAAGGCAAACUUUUGAAGAGAAAACAAAUCAGGAAAUUCAAAUCAAUGGAAAUAAAUCCGGAUAUAUUUAUUGAGGAAAGGCUACAACAGAAGUAUCGGGAACUGGAGGAAAUAAUGAAGGGAAAGACUGUCAAGACAAACACUAUAACUAGACAAUAUAUUGGUCAGAUGGAAACAUUGCGUGAGCAGUACCACAUGGUGAGUCAUGGGUUAGCUCCUCCUGGAGUCAUUUUGCCUAGAAGCAUGUCUCAGGAGCUGAGGAUCAAAGGUCACCUGGAUCAGAGUUCACAUGGCAAGAGGAGGCCAUUGUCUGGAGGAAGCUUUAACAGUGAGCUAUCAAAUAAAUCCACAGAUAUGGCGUACCGAUCCAUGCAAAACAUUAUCCACUACUCCCAAAACCCACAUCACGAAUAUCCCCCAUCUAAACCACGAAAGAGAAAGUCGAAACGCAAAAACUCCGAGUCUACGAUAGACAACUCUUCAUUCCACUCCCAAACCACUGCCACUACAUUGAAAACUGACCACUCGACGCCAUUGUCAACACCGAGGACCCUUCAGGAGCAAGAGCAGUUGAACUACCACAUCAAAUACUCCAGUAAAGAGGAGUUACGCGAGUGGCUGAAAAAGAAAGACAAGCUCCACAGAAAGAAAGUGAAAGAAGAGAAGGCGAAAAAGAGGGCAGAGCGGGAGAAGAUGGUGCUGGAGGCCAAUGAAAAGUUUGAAAAGAGAAUGGAAGCUCAGAAGGUAUACAAAAAGUGGGCUGAACAGAAGAAUAAGGAGAUUUCUGAAAUGAAAAGACAAGAGAGGAGGGAACACAAGCGUAUUCUGAAGGAAUAUGAAGAAAAAAAUGAAAAGAAGAAUAUACGCCCUGAGUCUGCACCUCUCAAACGUAGAGAAACCUCUACUGGUGGUGUGAAAGUGGAAGGAAGAGCUGAAACAAAUGUCAAUCUACGGGAAAAAUCGAAGAAAUCAGGAAACGAAUCAACAUUAACGACCACUCCUCAUCCACCGUCUUCGAAAUUCAUUUACAAAAGACCUGUUGCAGGGAGAAUUAAACUCGCCGUAAAUGGUAAAAACCCAGAUAGUCAAAAAACGGACAGAGAGAGACCCAAAACAGCGUCAUCGUCACGAUCAAGGAGUGCCGAGGGAAACCGAAUGUCAUACGACCAAUGGGUGACGCAGAAGCGAAAACAAGACCAAAAGAAAAAGGAAUUGGAAGAACUGCAAAAGAAAGAGCAAAUGUCCAAGUCAGACCCCGACCUGAACAAGAUUAUUCCAGAUAUCGCCAAGAAAAGGGUACACAACGUUCUGGAGGGCAAAAAGAGGAUCGAUACUGGAGUUAAACGAAUUGAUGAUAAAUUGAACAAAAAAUUUGGAGGUGGAGAUUUUAAAUCGGAAGAACAAGAGAAAGAAGCCGAUGAACAAGUUCGAUAUUCUUACCGUUUGGAAUCUGACAGGUCCACCACACCAAGCACAUCAGGUCAGAUGAAUGUCUCAGGAACCGCCAUUAAACGUCCUCCAUCUGGUGCAAGGCGGCCCCAAACAGCUCCAGCUGGCAGGGUUCCACCCCCAAAGAAAUCCUCAGGAUCACCUCGUCAGGCCGUGGUUCCGAAGUUAGAGGAUGUGAUGAAUGAAGAGAAUACGUCUAAUCCGUUCCAGCUCCCGUUUCCUCCAGAGGCUGGCGUCCCAAAGCACGUAGCUUCCAGACAGAGGAAGCUGUUUGCGGAACAGGUUUGGGAAAGGUUGGAGAGUGAGGAGAGACCAGAACCUCAGGGUAGCGAUGUUCCAGAUCCAGCUACGUGUGUGAGUAUGACCAGUCCACCAGCAAGUGACGCUGGGGAUAAGCCAGAGCCAGCCAGGAAAAAGGAAAGCAAUGACAAUGAAAAAGACGGAACCGACAGCAAUGAAUUGAAAUCGGAAGAGCGAGAAGAAAAGGACGAUGUUGAUUCUGAAAAAGAUUUAGUGUUUAUGACUCAAUUUAGCUCAGUUGAUAAUUUAAACAAAAUUGUGAAUGACAAUUCGGAGGCAAAUCAAAAGACAGAAGAUGUUGAAGCGACUCCUGAAAUCGAAAAACUUGAUUUAGAUUUUACGAAGGAUUCUCAGAAGGAUAAUGUAUCGGAUCAAGAGGAAAAUUCAAAUGAAGUGGAUGGCGAUAAAACGGAAAACAAAAAUCUUCCAAAGGUUGACGAAAAAGGAGAAGAUGAUUCAUCAGAAGAGGCUAAAGACUCAGUGGUAGACGAUAACAAAACCAGUGAAACGAAAAGUGAAAAGGAAACCGAUAAAACAAAGGGUGAGAAGGAAGAAACAAAGGGUGAGGAGGAAGAAGAGGCCGUUAGUUCAAAGACAAUAGAGAAUGAUACCGAAAGUUCUCAAAAUGUAGAUAUUCUUACUUUGGACGUUGAAAACACGACUCGAAGUAGCAAAAGAGUGUCGUUUAACGAAGCUCCCGAGGUGUUCCAAACAGAAGAGUGGAGUACAGACACGCAAACACCGGACGAAGAAAGCUUCAGAUCUGGACUCGACGACCCUGCAAAUUCGGGUGAAAAGGAUUUGAUCACAUCUAGUCUUGACGACGAUUUUUAACUUUCUUCUAGGUGCAUAAAUGUCCACUUGUUCUUCUAGGUCUGCUUCUUUCUCCCUUUUAUUGGUUAUAGUCAAGAGAUUUUUUACUUGUAGAACAGUGCAGUAUUAGAAGUUAGGUUUAUAUAUUAUGGUUUUCAUGGUCAGUCGUAACAAAACAUCGCCACCCUGCAAUUCUGUCAAUAAAUAUACACCCACCAUGCAAUACUGAGUACUUAAUACCUGGAGUAACAAACUUUAGACUAAGUGUUAUCUGUAGCCAUUUUGUCCAAAUUUAGUAAUAUACUUCUAAACUAGUCCCUUUCUGGUAUUUUUCCAGGUUUUGUAUACUUCAUAAUCGGCAUUGUAGAAUCUCACGUUAAAACAUGAUCAAAGUUGUACGCAAUCAAAAAUUGCGAUAGUGAUGUCCACAGGGUUUAUUGUAAACCCUCCUCACAUUAUAGCUUUUUGUAUAUUUAUUUGUGUUUAUAGGGCAGCGGCCAACGUAUUGUUCCUCCACAAAUUAUUAUUUUUUUGUUGCAUUGGUCUGUUUUUAAGUCUAAAAUCGCGCGUUUAAAAAUUCUGUGAAGAUUGCUGCAAAAGGGGUGGGUGGUGGGUAGUAACAUAUGUACAUGAAAUAGAAAGUGACGUGGCUUAAUCUGUGAUAGUGCUAUUUGUAUUGUUGACAUUUUAUGUAACAGUUUUAACUAAGUUGCUCAGUACUAAUAUCUAACAUAGAUACUUUCUAAUUAAAAACUCAUCCUAAUUAAUUGUUAGGAUGCAUAUUUAUGUUUAUUAAUUAUACAUAUGUAUAUAUUUUGGGAUGUUAAUUACUAUACAGAAAAUAAUAUGGUUUUGUUGUUCAAAUUAUAGGUAUGUAAGUGACAAUAUAUUUCAAAAAUGAAUAUGGAAGUAAUUACUGUAUGUAUAAAUACAUGUACAAUUCCAUUUGGAUCGCCUACAGUUAUAAUGUUUGUGUUUUGGUGCCUUCAUUCGGUGUUUAUUAGGUUGUGCAACAUGUUUUGUUAAAAUCUGUGAUGAAAUUCCGUCCAAGAAAUGAGAUGACAUUCAAGAGAGAGAGAGAGAGAGAGAGAGAGAGAGAGAGAGAGAGAGAGAGAAUGUGUGUUAUUGUAUUGUUUAGAUUUUGUACUUGACGAAGUACCGGAGCUUUGUAGAAUAAAUCAGUCUGUUAUUGAA